CCAGUCCGUCACUGCUUGAAGCGGCAGCAACUCGGUCACCAGAGCUGAACCUCAGCAGAGAUAGCAGCAAGCAGGCACUUCCUCGCCACGCAGGCUAACUCGCUUUCGGCUUUGGUUCGAGAUGGAGACUCGUAGGUCCGUGAAGGGCUCCAGCGCCCACAACCUCAAGAGUGGACUGUGUCUAUGGCUGAUUCUGUGGCUGGUGGUGGUGAAGCCGGGCGGGGUUGGAGCAUGCCCUAGACUGUGUGUGUGUUACCCUACGCCCAUGACGGUCAGCUGCCAGUCCCAGAACCUCACCAUAGUGCCGGCUGGCGUUCCCUAUGACUCACAACGUGUUUUCCUGCAGAACAACCGCAUCACAGAGCUUCGCGCUGACUCUUUUGGCUUCGAAACACAGGUGCUUUGGUUAUAUGGCAACAACAUCACAUGGAUUGAGGCCGGAGCCUUCAGUAACCUCAGGGUGCUGGAGGAGCUUGAUCUGGGCGAUAACCCGCUGCAUCGCCUGGAAGGUGGAGCCUUCAGGGGUUUGGAGAGGCUGCAGAGCCUGCACAUGCAUCGCUGCAAGCUGGCCACUCUCCCCCAUGACCUCUUCCACAAACUGUACAGCCUGCAGUUCCUCUACCUGCAGGACAAUCAGCUCCACUUUCUGCAGGAUGACCUCUUCUCAGAUCUGGUCAACCUUACCCAUCUUUUCCUGCAUGGCAACCGCAUCCGUGCCCUCUCUGAGAAUGUGUUCAGAGGCCUGGUCAACCUGGACCGCCUCCUUCUCCAUGACAACCGCAUCAGGCAGGUAAACCGUCGGGCUUUUCGUGACCUGGGACGCCUGACCAUCCUUUAUCUGUUCAACAACUCCCUAGCCGAGCUGCCAGGCCAGGCCAUGAAAGACACCCAAGGCAUCCAGUUCCUCCGCCUCAACGGAAACCCCUGGUCCUGCGGCUGUGAGGCUCGCCCCCUCUGGGAGUGGUUCCGCAAGGCCCGCAUCUCUUCCUCUGAGCUCAUGUGCACCUCCCCAUCCCAGCGUCGUGGCCAGGACCUCAGAUUUCUCCGGGAGCUGGACUUCGCCCUCUGCCCUCUGCCUGACCCCGGCUCUCUGGCUGGAAGCACCACAACCACCUUCAGCACCAAGACCCGCUGGUGGUUCUCCAAGAACAAGCCUGCAUCUUCAUCCAAGUCAUCAUACCAGAAGAGCACAGACACGGUGAAGGCCUUCCCCUUUUCCGCCAUCAAGCCACAGUUCCUCCCCAAAACCCCCUCCGAAACCAUCUCUGCCAAGUAUGAACUGUCGGAGGAUGAGGUGGCGCUCCCCAAGCUGGACCAAGAAGAAUACUGGGCCAACUACGGCAACGAAGACGCCUCCAUCCGCUGCUUCGAGCUGGAGUGCCCCCCAGGCUAUGACCCAGCCUUCCCCUCAUCUUCCUCCCUACCCAUCACCCCAUCUCUCCUCCACCUCCUCACCCUCUCCAUAGUCACAUUCACUCUCCAUUUUCUUUUUGGCUGAAUGAAUUCUCCCCUCCACACCCCUUUUUCUCCUCCAAUUUCUCCCCCUACUCUUUCUAACUCUAACAAAAACCUGGAUCUCGGUUCCUUUCAGUUACCUCCUCAAGUUGCAGGGGGUGCUACACUGACACAGGAGACAGGCAAGGCAGCGAGGAGCUGUUUUCAAGAGCAGAGAUCAGUUCAUAUAGAGCAGGACAGGAUUUCAGUGUUGAAGUAGCUGCUGCUAAGUAGUACAGGCUUUAAAAAGCAGUGAUCACAUCGUCGAUAGUGAUAGGUACAGUACAAUGGCAGAAACCUACAACAACAUCAUGAAAUGACAGAGACAUAACUCACAGACAGCCGGUGGUGUCUCCAGAUGUUUUUUGAUAUCACAGCUGUAAACAACGCAGGCGUUGUGACUCGUCUACAGCUAUUUUCUAUAUCAGCUAGUGCUCACUAUCCAAUCACCGUUAACAUUAUCCCUCACUAAUAUAUUUCUUUCACAGUGAAUAAUAGUGGUGAUUAUUAAUGAUAGGCUAUUUGGCACUACCAGAAGAAAGGUGCGGAUUAACACAAAUGAUGAGGGGCUUGGAAGGAGAGAAAAGAAAAAUACAGAACUAAAGGGAGGAGUGAAAAGAAAAGUGAGCAGAGUGAGCUUUAGAUACUCAUCUAAAGGCAGAAGAGGAUGAGAGGAUCAUUAGAUCCGCAGCCAAAAGUGACUCUCCUCCCUCCUUCGGAUUCAAAAUCUUGUGUGAUCCCAGAGAUGCCAGCAAACCACCACCCACACUUGUACAUACCACACAUCAUCACUGUACAUACACCCAUCGCAAAGUGCUCUGUAAUUUAGACUAGCUGGAUUUUUACUUUUCAUUUUAGUACCAUUUAUUUAACGACAGCUUGUGGUGAUAGAAGAGAUACUUAGAUAGUAAAUUGAAGGCAAACUAAUUAGAUGUGGAAACAACAACCUUUCUGUUAUCCAGUCUUAUCCCUUCCUCCCUCAGACAGCCUAAAAAGUUGUUUCCCAAAAAGUGAUGAGAUUAAACAUAUCAGUACAAGCAGAUAAAUAAUAGAUGCUCACUAACUAAAAAGGGAAGGCUUGUACUCCAGAUUGAGAUUGUUUGUGUGUGUGUGGUUCAGUUUUUGUUGUGUGAGUGGGAUUGGACUGUUGUAGACUAAUAACCAAAGUCCUGAGUAGACCAGUUUGAUUAGGUCUCUUCUUGAAAUGAGUGCCUGUGUGUAUUGCCUCUGUCUGUUUGUCUUUCUAUCUUGUCUUUCUGUUGGUUAGUCUGGAUUUCCAACCGGAUACAGAAGAUGGUGAAAACAACACUAGGGCUGAAUCCUACAGAGCUCUUGUGUAGUUUGAAGCCUCAGGUCUCUGUCCGGGUGGCUCCUGUUACAUUACACUUUGACCUGCAAUUUGUCUCCAUCAGAGUGACUAUGUGUGUGUGUCUGUACAAGGAUGUGUGUAUUUCUUAACUGACAGUUGAAAAGUCCCAUUAUGCACGUGUCUCAAGGACCCAAAACUGUUUCUAAAAUGUGUAGUUUCAGAAGUGCAUGAGGAUCUGUGUUAUUGUUUUACUAUUUUCUGAACAAAUUAGGUCAAUCCGAGGGUUUCAUCUGAUUUCAAUCAUGUAUAUUUGUAUUUUAUGGCACUACAGAUCAGACAAUCAAGCUGUUAUGCAUAAAACCAUUAUUCAUUAGAGAACCUUUCCUCCACUGUGUGAUUUUGGAAAAUGGGAUGGGUAUUUACUCAGCAAUCUGUUCAACACAAUGCCAAUCCAACCUGUUUGUGAUCUGCAUUAUUCAUGAUCCUUGUCAACCCCAUAUGUUAAUAAGCCCAUGCUGUACCAAUCAACCCUGAACCGUGACUGUGAGUUUCCGCAUAGAACAUGAAAGAUACUGUGAUGCUGUUACUCUGUAUUUUUCAAUGGAAAAUCGAGUGUGUUUUGCUUUGUUAAAAAAUAAAGAAACAA